AACAGACACGCUGCAAGUAAGCAACAGCAAUGAGGCGCCACGUGAGAUAAAGAUGGAUAAAGUCACGACAGACUCUUCCGUGACUGCUGAGGAAGAAGGUUUGGACUCAGAAGUUACAUGUUUGAUGAGAGUCGACAGGAAUUCGGACUGGCUUCGCUUGUUAGAAAACACAGAGGUGACCAUUGGCCGGGGUUUUGACGUGACCUACCAGCUCCUGUCUCCAAGUUGCCCCUUAAUGAUCUCCAGGCUGCACUGUACUUUCUCUAAAAGGGAAGAUGGACACUGGACAGUCAGAGACAACAAGAGUCUCAAUGGUGUGUGGGUGAAUGGAAUCCGCAUACCCGCUCAAGAAGCCCACCUGCUUAAACUUGGAGACUCCAUACAACUUGGUGUUCCUGUCAUGGGGUCCAAAGUGGAGUAUGACUACAUGCUUGUACGGCGGUCCCUCAGAGAAAUUAAACACAACUUGGCAAAAAGGCAGAAAGAGGCCUCAAAAGCAGUGCACAUACCCAAGAAGUCCAAGAGGAAGCUGACGGGAGAAGAAAUGGAGCCAUCCACCUCAAAGGCCAAAUUGUACCGCUGCUCGUACACAGACAAGCCAUUUGCGCACCCAUGCCCUUUUCCUCCAGCCAAGUACCACCAGCGCCGCAGUUGCCCUCAGCUGGAGGAGACUGCUACCAAUCCAUGUGUGGAAGAAGCAUACAGGAGCUGGGCUGGUGUAGAUGUCCCCUGUGACCUGGACAACUUGCAGAUGUACAGCCAGAAUAUAUUGAUGCUCAGGGAGCAGGUGGACAGCACACAGAGACAGGUCGCCUCGCUGGAGGCUGGAUCCCGAUCGGUCGACCCGUUCAGGGAAGAGCAGAUCAAGGAGUUACAGCGGCAGCUGCAGACUCUCCGAGCCAAGAUGCAGCAAAUGGAGACACUUGAGAGGUCUUUCAGUGAAACGAAAAGACAGCAAGAGGCUCAGAAAACACAGCAGCAAAAGGAGAUGAUGAAAAAACAGUUGGACGGCGCCUUGCAGGAGCAGAGGAAAAUAAUGGAUGAACUUGCACUCUCCCGGAGAAGAUUCGAGGAGAUUCUGUUGGCCAAAAACAAAGAGCUUGAAGUAACUAAGGAGGAGAAGGAAAAGGCGAAGGCCCAAAAGGAGGAAGUUGUCACACAAGUAACCGAGGUUCUGGAAAACGAGCUUCAGUGUAUCAUCUGCUCGGAGCUCUUUAUUGAGGCUGUCAUCCUGAACUGUGCUCACAGCUUCUGCUGCCAUUGCAUCAAGCAAUGGCGCAAAAAGAAAGAGGAGUGCCCCAUCUGCCGACAGGCCAUCAAGUCCCAGACACGAUGUCUGGCACUGGACAACUGCAUCGACAGCAUGGUGGAGAACCUCAGUUUGGAAAUGAAAGCCAGACGCCAGACGCUCAUCUCUGAGCGGAAAGGAGAGAUUUUGGCAGCGGCUUCUCCUGCACAUGUGAGAGUGAGCCAAGAUGAGGAGAGCAGCAGCAGUGAUAGCAGUAGCAAUGGCAGCAGCUCUACAGACUCUGUGGAGACCACCAACAUCACCCUGUGGGCCUCUAGGCGUCUUCGCAGCAGUUCCUCUCAUCAUGUGUCGAGGAUCCAAGAUGUGGAGCGCACCAGCACCAGCACCAGCAGUAGCAGCAGCAGCAGUAGUAGUGCUGAUAGCGACAGCGAUAGCAGCAGUUCUGAAGACACUGUAGAAAUUCCGAAUAGGACGCAGCGUGCCUCCAGACCUCUUGGCAGCAGUUCCCAUUACAAUGUGAGGGCCAUCUAUCAUGAGGAAAACAGCGAUUAGCAACAAAAGACGGUGUCCAUAACGGCAGCCUCAGCUCUGUGGACGCCCACUUACUCGGAUUGCUGUCUUUUAACAGUAAUUCAUUUCAAUUGAAGCAUUUCGCCAGGAUGUUGCUGGGACCUUUUUAAAAGCACAUGUAGUUAAGUUUUAGUUUCUAAAAAUGUUUUCCAACCAAAAGAAUAAAAAGUUUGUGUAUGCAUAUAA